CACGAAAACCAAAUAGCAACUGGGAUUUCAAAUCGGUAGCCUAAUCGAAUUCGCAUCUAUUUCCAUCUUAAUCUAUAUAGGUAACUAGGUAAGUAAGUACUAUAAGUACUUAUUUCACGCGAACUCGUUUAAAAAAAAAAAAAAAAAAAAAAACGAUUUGAAUUAAUAAGGCUGAUGUAAAUUGAAUGUCUUUGCGUUUUCCUAUUUGGCAAGUCUAAAAUACAUACAACGUUGAAUUAAACGCAGUCUUGUUGUAGAUAUAGAUAUCAUAUCUAUGUAUACUUUACAUUGUGUGGUAUAAUAACUGUGCAGUAGGUAAGUAGCAAAAAUUAUUGCAGCCAUGGCUAAUUGUGAAUCGAUGAAUCAUCGGUGUUUAUUAGAAUUCUGUUCGUUACAUCGCCGUGCUCUGUGAUAAACGUCACAUGAAAGUACAUAUGUAUGUUGAUUUCAUUUCAAAAAUACCCAGUUUUUUUCGAGCAUUUCACCAUGUAAUGUGCAGUAGAGUGAUUGGUUUUCGUGUUUUUUUUUCUUUAUAUUGUAUUUAACGUAACGAAAUUGCCGGUCAUCAUUUCGUACUUGGGAUUUGAAUAAGAAGAUCUUGGAACAUUUCUUCUUCCUUUUCAACCACAUAAUCGGAUGUUCGAUUAAUAAUCAAGGAUUACCUAUCAUCAGGUACCUACAUCGGAUCUGAAUAGUUUCUGAAAACGUUUACGCUGUGGCAGAAAAAUGUCAUUAAACAGAAAAAUUAAAUACCCUCCUCAAAGUUUGGGCACGAGACAGAUAUCACUGAUCCCAGUGAUCCCUAUUCCCAGCCAAUCUCCAAAUGAUCAGUCAUCAAAAGCUGUAAAUCGGAAAAGACCGAAAAAUGAACCUGACAAAAACGAAUCAGUAUUGUGCAAUACAUACCGUCAAGAAGCUCUUUUCACGACACCUAUUGCUGGGUUCCUAUCAACAUUGAGAAGUGGCUUCAAUGGAAAUGAAUCCUACUCACAAGCAAACUCUCCUUCACCUGCCUUCCAGAAAACAUCGGUUGGGACUCCUGCCAAACGUCAGAAAAUAUGCAGAACUGAUUCUGCAGACAAGAGGAAAUCAACGAGCACUCCGAAGCCCAGCCCUCAGAAACCAAUAAAUCUAUCUGCUUCUGACAAGAAGAAAUCAACGAACUCUCCAAAACCUAGCCUUCCGAAACCAAUAAACCUAUCAGCGAAACCAUCAGAAACAGAAAUUGUAAAAGUGAAAAAAGAGGAUGAUAAAUUGGAAACCGAAACCGCCCUGGAUGACAAAUUAAGAAUAAUAUUGCUUUCCCUGAAGUACGCAUUGGAAAAAAAAUAUUCGUUCGCUUUCGCAACUGAUACAGAUUCGGAGGGAAAUUUCGACGAUAUCGCAUUCCAGUACAAAGAACCAAAUGGUAAAUUAGUAUAUCGAUUAUUGAGAGUCAAGCAUGAAACACGUACGACCAGAGUGAUCAGAAUGAAUGACUUACUGGCAGAAAACGAUAACAAAUUCAGCUUACAGAAGCAUUUCUUUUCUUAUCAAAAAGCAACGAAUAAUCGUUUGUUCGAAGAUUACAAAAUGAAAGAUUAUAUAAUCUGUACCAAUAUUAACAUGGAAGACAGUUUGAAAAACUACUUCGCGCCAAUUUCUGGUAACGAUAAAAUCUUGACUUUUGAGCAAACGGAGACAGAACGUUUGAAACUGAAAUUCGACGAAUUUCCAAAAAAGAAUGAAUUAUUUUCCGUGUUGAAGAAGACAUCGACAUGUAACAGGUUAGCUAAACAGCUCGCCAAAUGCGUAAAGUACGAAGAAGUUAUAGAUUUGAAAGAUGAUUUGUUCAAACGUUACCAUCGUGCUUUGCGAAGAUACGUAAUCGAGCCUGAAAACACUCAAGAUACUAAGGGUCAAAAUGUGAAGGCCAAAUUCAACAAAAGCUUUCUCGAAGGACAUUUAUCAGAACAAGCGAAAAAGUUCAGAACAGCGUUUUACGAAGCGUAUAAACAUCUUUCAAACGAGUCAAUCGAUAAGGUCGAAUUUUGGAAAAAUAUGAAAACUGUCAGACCAAAAAUGGCUCACUGUUUCAAAACAAUGAUUGAACUAGAUGAUGACCCUAAGCUAACCGAAUGUAAAAUGUUGGCGGAAGAGAUCGCAAAAGAAAUAAGAACACCUAAGGGUGACAUUGUUCAGCUAGGGAGAAGAACACUCGUUAUGAGAGAAAAUAUCGAUAAAUUGGCGGGAUACGUAUUUGUUGAGAAAGAUAAUAUGGAAAAAGAUACAUAUUGUUUUAAUUCUGAAUUUUUCAAAGACGAUUAUAAAUUACCAGAUGAUUUGAUAAAAUUUAAAAACUACUUGAUAGAAGAUCUAAACAAUAAAGGUGUGCCAUUUGAUAAGCACGAAUAUAAGUUUAAGAUAAGAGAAUUCAAAACAUGUGUAGAAGCAGUUGUGCAUUCCGAAGCUUACCUGCCAGAUGACAAUGAAGAUGAAAAAAUCACAGAGACUGAUAUUAGAGAAUUUUUCGAAAAAUUGGUGUUCGUAAUUAAUCAACCUCACGACAUCAAAUUGGACAAAAUCUACGCAGAAAAAAUCUCCAAAUAUUACAAUUCCUCGUUCGAUGCAGACAUAGCGUGUUCUCUUCAAAAAGACAUUCUAAACAAGAUGAAAGCUAAGCAAGGGUGUUUUCAGCCUCAUAAAGAUGGCAACGAGUUUUUCAAAAUGACUCACAACGUGAUCUCCAACCUGGUUGCACAGAAAGUGCACGAAUCUACUAUCAAAUACUGUAAAUCCCUCGAAUCGUUUGGUACACCAUUUAUGGAUGCACCACCAGAACUGCGCAGUUUUUUCAAUUCCAAACAAGAGCAAAUUCUCAACUUUAUUAGUUCGCUAGAUACUACAUUAGUUCAAGCUUCGAAUAAAAAUCCAGAAAAUAAGUCUGAAAGUAGUCUCGCUACAACAUUGAGUGCGAUUAAAGUGAUGCAUGCGUUGAAAAAAAUUCCUGCUUAUCAGAUCGAGAAUAGUUAUAUUUUUAUGCAUAUGAGCUCAAUUUUGACCAUACGAGAUCAUAUACUAGAUGUUUUCGACUCCGAAACAUCAAAUCAUCUCCUGGUGAUUGAAUGUGGAAGUGAAAAAGUGAAUUUUUGGAAGCUGUAUCAGCGUUUGUGUUCGAUAUUAGAACGUCGUCCGAAUAAAAAAAUAAUCAUAAUUACUGACAGGAAUGAUAUCUUAGCUGAGGCAUUUCGAGGCUUUUUUUCUGAAAAUGAGAAUACGUUUAGAGAGAUUAAAGAUAAAUCAAACAGGGCAUAGGGCUACUGUUAACAUUUGAGAAAGUAUAGUGUGUAAUCAAUUUUUAUGUAGAUACCUACACCCUGUAAAGAAUAGCUGUAUGAUUUGUUACAAACGAUUUUUGAUAAUUAUAUGCAAGAAUAGGUCAAUUUUGGAUUAUGACGAUUUUUUUUGUCAAAAAUGAAUCUUCGAUUUUUAUGAUUUCAUGUUGUGUUUUAAGAUGAGUAAUCUACGUUUUCUGUAAUAAAAAAAAUAUAUAUAUAUACCUACCUA